AUGGCCAUGGCUCCCCUUUCUACUGCAAACAUGGAAAAUACGAUAUCAACUGGAGCGUUCCAUAUUUUAGCGUUUAUUUCAUAUGCAGGCUGGAGAACAUGCUCAAUCUGGCCAGAUGUACAGCCGCUGACCAUGGACUUAGCCCGUGUUGUUGACAAUGUUGACAUGAUUGUACUAUCAGGUCCACUAUCGUCCGGGCUCGUCGAUACUCUGCCUUUGCCCGUCAACCGUGGUCGGAGUGUUCGAGUAUACCAUCGCUUUACGUACACAAUAAUAUGA